AUGUCUUCCACCAUUCUUCUCAAAGGUGGCACCAUCUUGACGCACAAUGAGGAUGGGAAAGUCGUUUCCAAGGUGGCAGAUCUUUUGAUUCAAGACUCCAUCAUCCAAGACAUAGCAGAGGGGCUUUCCAUCACCGGCGGCACCACAAUCGACUGUGCGGGAAAGAUUGUGUCACCAGGAUUCAUCGACACCCAUCAUCAUACAUGGCAGACCCAGUUACGUGGGGUCCACGCCAACGAUACUCUUUUGGACUACUUCCAUGCGGGAAAUUUCAUGAGCACUUUUUAUACUUCUGAUGACGCUUUCUGGGCCGAUGAAGCCAUCAAAGCAACCAUUGCUUCCGGCAUCCGAUCCAUUUUUGCUUAUACGCCAACCACGCGAGUUGCAACAUGGAAACCGGAGUUCCAACUCGACCAUAACUCUCUAGCUCCUUGGGUCAUGGAAACGUGGGACCGCUUGGCCGCGUCGAACCCCUUCGGUCCCAAUGGACGAGUGCAACUGGGCUUCGCCUUUGACGGCAUGUAUCUUCCAGACAAGCUUCUGCAAGAUCUCUUUGGCAAGGUGCGGGCUCAAGGAUCACACUUGAUCACCACCCACGCGGUGAACUGCUCCAUGUUCAACACUCAUACCAUCGCAAAAUUAUCGAGCUGUGACCUUUUGGGGCCUGACAUUCUUCUUUCGCAUGCCAACAAUAUGAGCUCUGAGGAGUUGAACUUACUGAGGAAGGUAGGCGCGCACAUCUCGGCCACUCCAUCCACCGAGCUUCAGAUGGGACAUGGAGACCCUGUCUGCAUGGAUGCACUGGACUGCUCGUCGCUUGGGGUCGAUUGUCAUUCGGCAUGUUCAUCCUUCAUGCCCACUCAGAUGAUGCUUGCAUUGCAGACAGGACGGGCUGAGAGACAUCGCAAAUUCCAUGGCGCAGGCAAGUGGCCCAACAGUAUCGGCCACAAAGUCGAGGACGCCUUCAACCUGGGGACGAUCCUCGGAGCUAAAGCGAUAGGCUUGGACAAACAAAUUGGUAGUCUCCAAAAGGGUAAAAAGGCCGACAUUGUUAUCUUCGAAGGCACCACCUCUAACAUGGUGGCGGUCAGCGAACGUGAUCCUGUCGCCGCGAUCGUCUUGCACAGUUCGGUGAGAGACGUCAGUACUGUGAUUGUGGACGGCGUCGUCCGCAAACGGGAUGGUCAACUGCUGAAAGUAAAUGUCCCUCAAAACAUUGGUCCAGACGCGGAAGCUGGGCCAAGUUACUCAUGGAGUGACAUAGCUAGAGAGAUCACGAAGGGUAUGCGUGUUUUGGAAGACUCGAAAUCACACUCUUACGAUCCAGAAGUUGCGAGAGAAGGUAUCAUUGCGGCUUUUCACAUGGAUCGAAGCUCAGCUGCAGAUCACGUAUAA